AUGAAGAAGACUUUAUUCCAGUAUUUUUCUGUCUUCUGCUGGCUUGUAGGAUUUAUUCAAGCGAAGAGAUGCCUCGGAGACUUCUGGAAUCUGCAUGCCAGUGGCGGAAACGUGAUAAAGUCCCAAAUCAUCCAGACAAAGAUCGCCAAGCGCAAGGAAUGCACGGUCAUAGACGGAAACGUCCUCCUACUCGAAGCAGAUUCCGACGACUUCGACUUUUCUGGUCUUCAAAAUAUCGAACGCAUCACUGGAAUUCUCCUCAUAUCUAACCUUACUGUGGAUAAUUUUUCGAUGAAAUCUUUGAGAGUAAUCGAAGGAAAUAACGCUGAUCACAAGUCCCUCCCCGAGUGUCGACGAAAUGGAUGCUCCUUGAUCGUGAAAGACAAUCAUUUCAAAACCUUUUCGUUUCCAAAAUUGACGGAAAUCAGCAAGGGCGACGUCGUUUUCAAAAACAAUCACGAGCUGUGUUACUUUUGGAAUAACAUAGCCUGGGCUCAAAUUCUCCAUUCUGAUUAUAGAGCAGCGGGGCGUGCGUAUUGGCUUGAUAGAAAAAAAUGGAGCAAGUGUCCAAAAUGCGACAAAGAGUGCAACAACUUUUGCUGGCCAAAUGGGCAUUGUCAAAUGGCCAAUUUGUACUGCCCGAACUCCAAUUUUAAUGGAACAGUGAAUAGAUGCUCAGCUUUGCAGAAGGAAGAGAAGGAUAAUUUUGCGGUUGUAAAGACACCAGAAGAAUAUUGCUGCCACAGCGAGUGCAAGGGAGGAUGCUCAGGUCCCAGAGCAUCGGAUUGCUAUCUUUGCAAGAACAAAAUCAACAACGUAACGGGCGAAUGUGUCGCUGAAUGUCCUCGAUUAUACUCGCAGAAAGACGGCUUUCUGGUACGAAACGAAGAUGUCCUGUACGAGUUCGGGAAUCGUUGUCUGUCGCGUUGCCCUGUCAACACGUUUGUCUACGAUUCCAUGUGCUUGACAGAGUGUCCAGAUGGACACACUUAUAAAACAGAUCAGAGCGGAAACGGAAACGGCCACUGCGAGCCGUGCAAAGACGGCCACUGCCCAAAACCAUGCGUCGGGCUGAACCACUCAAAGUGGGAAAGUCAAGUUCGAGCAAAAUUCGCAAAAGAAGUAGCGAACAUCUCAGCCGAUUCUUUCGAAGUUUCGUGGGCUGCAACACUCAAUUCCAAAACAAUCACGCUUUUUGAAGAUUGCGAAGUUGUUAUCGGCUCGCUUAGUUUUCUUGUCCAUACAUUUUCGGAUACCAAAGAGCAUGGAGUCGAAAAAAUUACUGAAGAGCAUUUGAAAUAUUUGAAAGGGAUCAAAAGAAUCAUGGGAUACUUGGUGAUCGAAGUUUGGCCUUUCAAGAAUUUUGAAGCGUUUGGAAAUCUCGAAGUUAUUGAUGGCUUCCACGGAAAACUUCAUUCACAAGUCAAGGGCUCAAGCGAUUCAGCACUGUUCAUUUCAGCCGGCAACAAUCGAACUCACAAUCGAAGUGAAACUUCUAAAAGCGUCGGAUUUAAUGGACUGAAGAAGAUAUCCCACGGAAAUGCGAUCCUGAUUGAGAUGGGCGAGGCGUGUCCGUUGAAGACAAUUAACUGGAAGAGUAUUCUCAAGAAGCCAGUUCCAAGGCCAAAUAAUAGCUAUAAAGACGGAGUUUAUAUCGCUAAGAAAUCGUCUGUUAUAGCGGCCCAGGAUCCAAAAUCCGAGUGUGUGAAUUUUCAGUGCCAUCCAGAAUGUACAACUGAUGGUUGCUGGUCAGAUGACGCAUUUGGCUGUGUCAGGUGCCGGAACGCAGUUUACAAUGGAAAAUGUAAAAGCUCUUGCGACAAGGAGCUCGAAGAAGAUGGAACUCUUCUCUAUGAAGAGCUUGUUUAUGACGAACUGACUGAAGAAUCAAAACGCCAGUGUCAGCCGUGCUCGCCUCUUUGUAAACUAGGUUGCUUUGGACCAAGUCCGCAACAAUGUCGCGCUUGCAAUUACGGGUGGAUAAGCGGUGAAGACAGCUCAUCGAGCUCUUCAAGAGGCCAGUUGGAAUGCUUGGCCGAGGGCGAAUCCUGUCCACUUGAUUAUUUCAUGGACGAAGAGACCAAAGAGUGCAAAGUCUGCAGCACGCGCUGUACUGCACAAGCAGGCUGCACUGGCGAUGGCGAUUUCCUUGGAGCAGGAGGGUGCAACCAUUGCGAUGGAAUAUCUGUUGAGUCGACGGAAGAAGGUUCCAUGCAUAUUUGUCGGCUGAGGAGCCAGGAAUGCCCGGAAGAUCAUUUCAAAUGUGAUAUGCAUCAAAAUGAAACCUGUCAAUUGGAGCCGGAACUUCAAAACAUUAUCGAUACGCUUGAACCUGAGAGCAUUUGCUUCCAGUGCUCCCUCAAAUAUACAGGCUGCAACAAAUGCAACGCAGACCGAUGCCAGCAGUACAAAUUCACCAAAUGGAUUUUGUGGGUGGUUGUGGUUGUAUUGGCAAUUUUCCUCGGCCAAUUCAUCGGACUUACGUUGUACAAACGCCAUCUGAUUCAAAAACGAGACCGGGAUGAGCUAGAGCCACUGGCGUUGCUCCCUCCAAAUCUUCAAAAACUUCUUUUGAUCAAAGAAGAAGCCCUAGAUUUGCGCAAAGAACUUGGAAAAGGAGCUUUUGGAGUUGUUCACAGAGGAUUGUGGCGACCUGAUUUUGAAGGACAGGACCCCAAGAUCGAAACAAUCACUGUGGCAAUCAAGACCCUCAAUGAACCCAAAGCCUCGAUUCUAGAGGAAGCGAUGACAAUGGCCGCUUGCGAGCAUCCUAAUCUUGUCCAGCUUAUCGGCAUCUGCCAAAGUGAUCCACCGAAGAUCAUAACUGAAUUCAUUCCUCGUGGCGACGCGCUGAGCUACAUUCGUCGAAAAAAAGAAAAUGUCCGUCCAGCACAACUUGUCAGCUGGUGCCGUCAGAUUGCCGAUGGAAUGGCUUAUCUUUCGGAAACAAAGGAGGGACAAAAGCUUGUACACAGAGAUUUGGCAGCGAGAAAUGUUCUAGUCAAGACUCCUCAUUAUGUCAAAAUUGCUGAUUUCGGACUUGCUCAACUCGUCAAGACUAAAAACUCGGAGUUCAAAGAAGUGGGAGGACGAAUGCCCCUCAAGUGGCUCGCGGUUGAAUGCGUGAAGAGAGGUAUUUACUCGACGAGAUCUGAUGUUUGGUCGUUUGGAGUUACCAUCUGGGAGUUGCUUACAUACGGAAAGAAGCCAUACCAGAAUGUGCAAGCUUCGAAGCUGAUGAUGUUGCUCGAGAGUGGCGGAAGACUUGAGCAACCUGACAACUGCUCCACAGAAUUCUACACACUUAUGCUCCAGUGCUGGUUAAUUGAUCCGGCUCAAAGGCCGAUCUUUACUGAACUGGCCGAGAAACUUACGGAAUGGGAAAAAGAUCCGACUCGUUAUGUGACUCCGUCUUCUUUCCGACAUUCGUCAGUCAGAACUCAGCUGACGUCACUGGGAUCCUCGCUUCAUCAAGAAGACUAUUUCGAUGAACCAGAUUACAUAGACGAAGAUGAUGCUUGCGAUCCAAAUAACUACAUCAACGAAAUGGAGGGAGACUCCAGAAACUCGCGAGAAGAAAGCUACUAUCAGAAUGCAACAAUAGAGCAGCCACAGCCAAGGACACCAUCAGACUUUCAAAGCGAAUCUUGGCUAGAUCCUGUUCCUGUCCAACCAUCUUGGCGCCAAAAGCGCCAUCACAAUUUUAAUUCCAGUUUACCUCAGACCUCAACCUCAUCUUGGGGAAGCACGAACAACACCACUCCGACAGAACCUAUGUACGCCAAUGUCAACAAUAACUUUGAGCCGCUCCAUCAUAAUGGUGUUCAAAAACAAGACGACGUAAAGAACGAUUCGGAAGUCUUCAAAAAACCGGAGAAACCGCUUGGAUCAAGAAAACUAAAAGAUGAUGAAAAAAGAGCUCUGAUAAAUGGUUCGGAUGAAAUUGAGGAAACCUCACUUUCGUAA